AUGGCUGAAAAUGAGAAGAUAUUGCUGAAAAAAAUAUUCAAAAAGGAAAACUAUGAUUACACUUUGCCCUCUGAAUCACCAACCGUUGUCUUACCUUUCAUGUUUAUUGAUCACAUUGAACAACUUCACUGGACUGAUAAAAGAAUUGUUUGGGAACCACGAGACUACGGUAAUGUUGGCAAAAUCGUACGACAGAAAAGUGAUUUACCAAGAAUGUGGAAAUUGAGGAGUGAUCAAGCAAUGCAAUAUUUCAAUACUGAAGUGACAUUGAUCAGCAAUGGAGCUGUUUAUGCACAGGUGAUAUUAACAAUUCGUUCAACAUGUUCGUUGGAUUUCAGCGCAUAUCCAAAUGAUAUUCAGAGUUGUUUGUUAACUAUGUUCACACCGUUACCAUUGUCCAGAUUGAAAUUCUCAAGAUGGACAUCAUUAACUCAGAAAUCGGAUGCAUUCGGUAGUUUGAUGAAUGAAUUACGAACCAUCCGAUCUGGUGAAUUUGAAGUUACAAAUCUAUCUGCAACAUUGCUUUUCAUCCUUCCAUUCGGCAAAAUUACUGCCAACGAAAGCGCGAUAACAUUUAUGGUAGGAACAGUUGUAUCUACUUCCAGUUCUAUUCUAUGGCUUUUGUUAUGUUUUGCGGCUCAGAUUCUGAAUUAUACUCAAAUGCUGAAAAGGUUACCACUUGAUCAGCAAAAUACUCCCUUCUGUGCAAAAAUGGCUACAAUAAUGUUGGCAGAAACGCUGGCACUAAUUACUUAUCGUGGAGCAGUAACUUAUAAGUAUAAUAAUUAUUCGACUAAUGGAAAAAGAAUGUCCAGAUGUUUUUGGAUGCAAAAAAUUGAAAAAACACUCCGAAUUCUACUUAUCCUUCAUACUCUUCUAAAUGCUGUUUUAUUAUUUUGGUGA